AUGUUCAGAAAUGCAUUAAUGAGAGGCCUCAGAGCGCCAUUGGCUGCCAGACAGUCUGCUUUGCCACGUGUGGGUGCUGUUUACGCCCCUGCCAAUGUCCGUUUCUACGCCGGAUUCCCAGCAUUAACCAGAGAUGGUGCCAAAGAAAGAAUCUUGGAAUUGUUGGAAGGCUACGAUAAGGUUGACACCUCCAAGGAAAUCACCGAACAAUCGUCGUUCGUUCAAGACUUGGGCUUGGACUCCUUGGACGUUGUCGAAGUUGUCAUGGAAGUCGAACACGAGUUCAACAUUCAGAUCCCAGACAACGAAGCCGACAACUUGAAGACCGUUGGCCAAACCCUUGACUAUAUUUUGGCUCAAGAUGAUGCAUGUUAA